UAUAUCAAACCGCAUAGCAAAAUAGAUGAGUUGAUUCGUUUCCGACUAAAAGCCAUAAUAAAAGGGAUGUAUCUGUCAGGCAAGCUGAAGUUUGUACCAAACGAAUUGCUCGUUGAGACGGUCAAAUGCAUACAGAUUUUCGCCCAAUGAAACAUCCAGUUGUGUCUAUCAGUCUACGUGUACAAGCCGAACCACAUACUUUGAGAGAACAGAAAUGAGGGUUGUUGUAUUCGUCACUCAGUACAAUCAACAGAAACGUAAACUCAAAAGAUACCAUUUCUAGUCGUGCGAUUGCUGGCUAUGUGCUUGACAGUGGACGUGACGUUGAUGUGUCAAGGUCUCUCGAAAUAAUUAAUAAAUUAACGUAGGACUUAUUACAUUUUGUCGAAGCAGUUUCCAUGAAAAGAUGUAUGCAUCCAGUAAGGCCCAAUUAUUAAAUUUGCUCUACCGUGGUCAGGUUACAAAUUUCUUAUUUAACUUUUAUUCUCAUGAUAAUUAUAAUUCCCUAGUCUUUAUCUGAUCUAGUCGAUUCAUUUUACUGUGAUGUAUUACGUGACAUAAAACUUACCUUUCAUGUCAUUUCUAGGACUUAUGCUUUUAUGCUCUCUCGUCAUUUUCCAUUAUUCUAGUGUAUCAAGACUAAUUUUUUCUUGCAUAUAAUAUGUAUCUUGUAUUGCUUUCUAAGUAGUAAACAGCUAAAGAGAGUCUUCAAAAUAUAUAAUAUAAAUCCAUGUUAGUCGGUUACCUUCCUACCUUAUUUCAAAAACAGUAUCUGACUGUUUAUCAAUGGAGUAGAAUUGCAUUUCACAGUAAAAGGCAUUAUUAAAUGUCAGUCAGUAUAACAACAAUGUUUGUGACUGUUGUUGUUUAGAUAUAUAAAUCUACGAUCCUCUAUAUGUUCUCUAAUUUCUGCCUAAAGAAAAUGAUUUAUAUUAUUCUUCAUGGUAUUUAAACAGUUGCGAAUUGUCAGUAUAAAUGGGCUAUCAUCUACAACCUUUGUUAUGGUUAAAAUCUUUAUUUUCCUUUUGUUCUAGUACAUGUUUAAAUUCGAUGGUGAAUUCUUCACGGAAUAUAAAAGAAUUCACAUAUAUGAAGCAGUAAAUCAACUAAAACGUCUCCGUUGUUUCGGCGCAUUGUGUGCAAUCAACACUAUUGUUUGGAGUUUUGUUACAUGUAAUGUACAACAGAUACAAACAACUAGUAGCAAUUUUCAGCUCUUCAAAGAAACUUCCCCCAAAUUUUACGAAAAAAUGGUAGAGAGUUUUAAAGUGAAUUUGGAUACCAAGCGACUUUAUCCUUGGAUAACAACUGCAAUUGCUUUCUCCUCGUUUCUCGGAGGAAUUCUUUUACCACGUCGUAUGAUUCGCAACAUAAUUUUAAUAACCGCUGAGAAUAACAAUACUUCGACACUACAAAAGUUUAUUGAGAUCGAUACCUAUGGAGCUUUUGGUAUUAAAAGUAGUGGUAGAACAUUCAAGAGACCUUUGAAAUAUAUAUCAUGUGACUAUAAAUCAUCACACUCUGAUGUAUCCAUAAUAAACAUUCGUGUCAAACAUCUACCUUUCGGUUUCAUACUUGAUUUACGAAAGGCAAAACAUAUCGAUGAAAAUGAAUUGUGCUGCCUAAUGUACAAGGUUAAUCAGAAGUGUAGUACUUAA